AUGCUUGGAUGUGGGAUUGAUCUCCCUUUUCCCUUUCCCGGAAUCCAUACAACACACGACUCCUCGUUGCAGGCCGAGGCGAUCAGCAUGCUCAUGGACCUCAGGGCCAAGAUCUCGACCCAGGAAGACUUCGCCGAGAUAGCGCAGGAGCACUCCGACUGUGGCAGCGCCCGAGCCGGAGGCGACCUCGGGGAGUUCGGCGACGGCCAGAUGAUGCAGGUCGGGGGCUGUUGGGGGAAAGGGGGCAUGCAUGACGGCACUCUGUGCGCGACGAUGUUAUUGGCUGGACGCAUUGGUUACAUAGUUCGGACGCAACGUUCAUGGGUGAAGUUGUUUGACGACAGCAGUAGCGGGUCCUCAACAACGCCGGCUGUUGAAUAACGCCGGUGGCCUGGAUGGCGCCGUUGAAAUUGCUGGACGCAGCCUGCAUCGCCAAAGGGCAUAAUUGUUUUGUGGUUUGAAUAGCGCCGGUCCCUCUGAAUAACGCCGGUUGGUUCUCCGGGCACACACCGGCGUUGUUGAGGGCCCACUACCCACUAGUGCUGUACAAUGUACGAAAGUGUUGAGUGUCGGCUUUCUCUCUACAGAGCCUCUGAAGCGGUGAUCAAACCGUUCAUCAGCGGAGGUACUUUUUUUGGUUGGUGGCGAGAAACACGGUAGAUGGCCAAGCGUAGCCGAGGUACACCGACGUGCUAUAAUAGUUCAAGGGAGGGGUGAAGGUUAGAGUGUGCCUUCGUGGACACCAUCGUGUCGUUCCUUUAUUCGAGAUUCAUACCGAUGGUCACAACUAACAUCCGGCGCAUCGUUGCCGAGAUCGAUGAUCUGGAAGGUCACAACUAACAUGCGGUGAAUAUUUCUUUCUUGGCAACGUAUUCGGACCCGGUACAGAAGUACGCCAUAACAACAUAGAGGACAUUCACAUUGUUCCUAGGUCUCCAGAUUCUCCAGAUCUUAACUGUUUUUAUGUGCGUUUCCACACGUGCAGCAGUUUUGCGCCGGCCGUGUUCGUGUUGUUUGGUUCGAGGCGGAAGCCGCUCUCGCAUGCGGUUUGAUCCAUCACACAGCGUACACAAGAGUCUCCCCUUUCGCGUGAGGUUGUUUUUUGUUGAGGUCUGUGCCGAUGCGUUCUUUGGGUUUGCUCCGUGUUUCUUUCUUCGUCUCUUCUUGCGUGUUUGCCAGCCGUUCGAAGACGCAACACGGGCUCUGCGCGUGGGCGAGAUCUCAAGCGUGGUCGACACAGACAGCGGUGUGCACAUCAUCUUGCGCACGGGCUGAACAAAAAAUAAAAAGACGAUGGGACAUUCGUCGUGGUGGAAUCUACCCGAGCUGCGCAGGGGAGAGAGCACGCCGGGGGGAGGGGACUAUGUAUCAACGACGGAACGGCACCACCUCUCGUGGUUGACGAAUGAGCGGGAGCGGAGUGGGGGGGGGGGGGGGGGAUCCGUAGGUAAUGAUGGGACCCCCGAGACUUGGCGGCAAUGUGCACCCCGGGUGGUCGGUGGGAAGAGGGGGUGCGAGGUCGUAGUACUAUUACGAGUAACAAAAACGCGCCUCGCUAGAUCAGCUUAGAUAUGUCACAUUAAACUGACAAGAGGGCAAACAGACACAACACAGCGGGAGAGAAUAUGCCAGUCAGCAUCGCCUCCCAGCAACCAAGAAGAAGGUUAGAGGAGACUGGUGGGUGCUCACCAUCAUACCGAGCGGAUGAUUGAGAAGAGUAACUGUAGUUGAUUGGGAGUGGGCAUCAGAGAGGGGGAAAGGCUGGACAACGGAGGGUUGACGCGGUUUCUGAAUGGUGCGCACGUGUUGCGUACGUGUAGGCAACCUGCUGCCUAUGCGUGCGCGCGGGGACACGGGUGUGUGCGGGGGGCGGGGGGCGGGGGGGGAUGCUGCUUCCUUCAUUUUUUGCCUUGUUGGUGCAGUUUUGUUGUGUAUUUGGGGCUUGCCUUCCUGACAUCCUGACCAAAUCCUAAGCUCCAUCUAUCCCCCUCUCCAAAAGCGAUGACCUUGUUUGUUUCCCCUUCCGGGGACGAGUAAAAAGAGGUGCACCUGGAAUUUAGCGAUGGAGAACGGAGGGUGUGUGUGUGUGUGGAGAGCAAGCUCCUGGUGCGGAGCGCGGGAUGGUUGGACUGUCCAUGAGAGCGAGAUGGAAAAGAGGGAAUGAUAUAUAUACGGCGGUACUGUCUGCCCUUCCUCGGGCCCCCGCGCGAAGCACAAGUGUGAAUGUGGUGCGCGCGCUGCCACCGUCCCAGAACAUGACUGACGGGAUGGGACGGGAUGGGGCCGUCUCGUUCCGGAGUUGAACCGUCCCGUGCUGCGGGUGAACCGUCCCGUGCCGGGGAUGACCUACGAGUGGAAGACGACGAAAUGAUGCCCCCUCAGCAAGAUCGUCGCCCUCUCUACUAGAGCAGAACGGCGAGUGCUGCGGGAGGGAAGCCUACCAGCAAGGGGCGGGGAUAAGCAUGGGGAAAACCGAGUGCUGUGCCGUUUAUAUUCUUUGUGUAUGCAUAUCUUCCUCCAAGUGUGCUGCUGGAUGCCCGGGGUGGAGGUAAAAACCUCGCGGACGGCGGGGUGGAGGGGGGGGGGGCAAACAUUCCUCCGUGUCUUUCGGUUCGUAUGCUUGUUUAGAUGGGACGAAAUACUAUCGGAAUUGGGAGACUGAGCGGCAAGUUUAGCCUAUGGUAGCCAAGUUCGUGGAAGUUUCGGAGCGGAGGGACGGGGCUUGUACUUGUAGCGAAAAUCAAGGAGUACUAUUAGCAGCAGCGUGGUGGCGGAGGUGGCGCCAGUGGAUGGGGGGGGGCGAGAGCGCGUGGGAGAGGGGAUUGAUUCGGCCUAGACGAGCGCCGCGUUCUUGGACCUCCUCCGUUGGCUAGUACUUACACGGCGUUUGAAGUCGGCAGCAAUGCCAGGUCACACCCCUGCCCCGAGAUUUCGCCGGCCGUCACACCUGUGCGUCGUAAGUAUUUAAUGUGAAGUGGAUUGGUCGGGUAUACCAAACGCACUUCGGGAAAAGGGGAGGCGAGCCGGGGCUUCCACCGAAAUUCUCAAAUGGAGAAGGUGUCUCUAGUACUACUUUGUUGCGUGAAAACACGCACGUAACCUGAAAAAAAUCUACGUUUUGCGCGAACGGCUGGGAGAGAAAAUUUAUGAACAGGAUGUAGUUUGGGGUGGCGGCGGGGGGGCUCGUUGUUGGGGAUGGAUAUAUGUAAAUCUCGUCUGCGGUAGGCAUGGCGGCAGUUCGCGGUAGAUUUUUGCCGCCGUCAAAAAUGAGUUAUCGAUAACUCCUUGCCACAGCGCGAGUGCAUGCAUUUCUAAGUAGUGUAUCCGCGCGUGUGCGUGUGGCGCUAGGUGGCCCGGGUGAGGAAAGGGGAUGGACGGAUGGACGCACGGACGGUUGGGCCUCUCGUGCUCCCUCCUACUCUAGGUAAACUUGUUUGGUGUGUUUUCGUUUUACUUGCAGUAUUUUGUCUCUUGAUUGAUUCGAUUACCAUUAUGGUUGUAGGUGUGCAUCUUCCGUGCUUCUUUGUGCCUUUCUUUGUAUGACAUUUGUAUCACAUUCCCGACAUGGGAGCAGCAUUAGUUGGGCGGGUAUAUAUCCUUGAGAAAACUUUCAUUCCCAGCCAGCUUCUACGUCAGACUGCCAUGCAUGUGUGUGGUUUCUUUUGCCAACAUGCGUCUGUACCGUCGUGGCGCCUUCUGUACAAGAUGUCGGCGUCGCGCCGCAGCAGUUAGUUACUAUGCCCCUCUCCUGGCCUAGCCGCACGGGUGCGUUUGCUUUCUGGCUUUGAAC